AUGUCCGAUAAUGUCGGUCUUUCCACGCCGCGUGGUAGCGGUACCUCUGGCUAUGUCCAGCGGAACCUCGCCCACUUCCGCCCGCGCGACAACUACCAGUCCUACCCACCCAAGGACUUUGACAGCCUAAAACACCAACCGCGCCAGCCAGACAAGGGCCUUCUCGAGCACGAUCGCAAGCGUGAAGUCGAAGUGAAGGUAUUCGAAUUGCGCGACAAGUUGGAAGAAGAGGGCGUCGAAGAAGAUGAAAUCGAAACCCGCUGCGACGAACUUCGCCAGAAACUCCUCGCGGAAAUGGAGCGCAACCAAAACAGUCGCGGUGCGCCCACCGGUCCCCGCAAGAACUUGAAGAUGCACCAGGUCCACGAACUAGCCGACGCCAAGAUCAAGGAGAGCGAGCGGUUGCGCCAGGCGCUGAAGAUUAGCCGGGACUACCAAGAGGGAAGCCACUGGAAAAAGCAGGAAGAGAGGCUGAAGGGUGCACUUGAGCGGGAAGCAAAUGGUGACAGCAGCAGCAUGCCGCCCCCGCCUGCACCAACUGGGCCGUCUGGUGGCAAUGACCGUGGUCGUGGUCGUGGUUAUGGUCGCAGGGAUAGGGACGAGGGCAGACUCAAUUCUAGGGAGCGCCGCGCUCCUCCCAGGGAUUGGGACAGGCCGCCAACUCCGAGAGGAAGGGGUGGAAGAGGUGGAAGAGGAGGGAGGGACAGGGAGGUUGACAGCUAUCGAGGCGCCGCUGGAAGGGACAGGAGCAGGAGCAGAAGCCCCAUCAGGGAGAGAAGUCGUACGAGAAGCCCAGUCAGGGAUACGGGCCGGUCUAGAAGCCCGGUGUCGGAGAGGAGCCUAAGCAGGAGCAGAAGCCGCAGCAGGAGCUACAGUCGGAGCCGGAGCCCACCCCGUAGAAGGGUUGCGGACAGCCAGGAUCGCAGCCUAAGCCGGAGCAGGAGCAGGAGUUACAGCCGGUCUCCGGAUAGGGAUCGAUAUCGGGAGAAGUACAGGAAUCGGGACGACCGCGAUUAG